AGCUCUCUCCCCACUUCCUACUCAAUUCCUACUUCACCCGGUCCUCGUCGGGUACUUAACCAACCCGCACCUCUCGUUCUGUAACUACCCACGACACCAUAGCGACACCAUGUCUGUUCCACGCUCACACUCUGUGCCUCACUUCACUUCUGCCAGCCUCCGGCGCACCAAAAUAUCCAGCGGCGUGCCCGCUACCGACGACGCCGACAUCCAUGCCCGUGCAAAAUUGCCUCGGCACCGUAGUACCGCGGCCAUUGCGUCGACCAAGCACUGGGCGUCGGUCUACACUCCUCGCGUUGAGAAGGAGGACCCGUUCAGCCUUUCCGGCUUCUUCCCUGCAAACUUCACUGCCCUAGAACACUCCGGCGCAGAGCAAGAGUGGGACUGGCUGCGCGCCUCCUCAGGCGACGUGGAUGAGUCCGGACUUGUCUCGCCUGUCACCGAGAGCGAGGACGAGUGGAACCUUCCGACACCUUGUUCGGAGGACGCGGUGGACGCGUUCGCGAACGAAGCCAUCGAACGCGAGGACAAGCUAGGGAUUCUGGCGUUGAGCAGUGACUCGUUCCUGCCGUCGCGCGGUGACGAACUCUAUGUCGAGUCGGAGGAACAUAUCCUGUUAUCGCCCUUCACGCGGACAGGUGACCCAUUGGAUGCUGAUGCUGUCGUCGAUGCUCUUCGAGCGCUGCGUACGGCAUACAGUCUUCCGUCUGGAUCAGCUGUCAAGCACGAAUCCGCGGCCCUGCAUGAGCUGUUUUCUCCAGAGAAGGAGUCAGACGAUAAGGUGAAGGUCGAGGCGGGGGGCUGGGGAGCGCUUGUCUCGUGGGGCGUGAGUAGAGUGGAGGACUAUUUUUCGCCGGCGGUCAGCGAUUAGCUUUCUUUUCUUUGUCUCUGGGGUUGUACUUUCUCGGCGUGCACAAUGUAUGUUCAUGUCGAGUAGAGCGCGGCGUUUGUGUGUUUCGUGAGAUAGAAUGGCAUGUGGCUGCGACUGCAAACCAG